AUGUCCUCCUCUGAGAGUGGAGUAUCAGAUACCGUAGACCCUAUGGCCAUAGUUUCGGAUGAUGAGAUCAUCCCAGAGGAUGAGGUUUUUACAUCUGACACUACGAGUGACGACGAUGAUGAUUUCCAGCCGUUUGCUUUACCAGAUUUUGGCGAUGAUAUACCGCUAGCUGUCGGUCUUCCUGGCGAGGAUCUACUUCUUGUUCAGAUCCCUGCUCCUUUUCCUCUUGCUGCAUUUCCUCUCGAGGAUCUGCCUCUUGAUGCUAUGUUUGACGAUGAUAUCGAUCUUUUUAUUGAGGGUCCCCCUAAGGGUGCCCAGGAUGAUGGAGUUCCAGUCACCGAUGUCAUUGCUGUUCUGCUUAUUGAGAUUCCUAUCGUUGAGAUUUCAUCUGGCCAUUCUGGUCCUGAUUCAUUCGAGUCUGUGUCAUCUACUACCUUACAUGCACUGAGAUUGCAGUAUUAUCCCACCGAUUCUGAUUCUGACACAGCUAUGUCUGCCGCACCUGUUCCUCCACAGGACUUCGAGUUUGAUGAUGAGUUCGAUCCUGUCUUUCCACACGGUUUUGAUCCUGAGCAUGAGAUUGAGUUUGUCCCCGAUGAUCAGCCUUUUAAGGCACCUGUCGACCCUGACGUGAUACCCGCUGAUCCUGAGCUUGCACCAGCUGACCCUGAGCCUAUGAUUGCACCCGAGCCUAUACCUGCUCACGAUCCUUUGCCUGAGCAUGACCCUGUACCCAUUGACAUUCCAGUUGUUGCACCACCUUUACCUGACUCGAUCCCUGUACUUGUUGAUCAUGCUCCUUUUGCAGCCCAGAUUGACCCCAGAUAUGCAUUCACCCGCAGUGGGUGGAUAGAGGACGAUGAUGACUUGCCUCCUUUUGUUAGACCUGUUACUCCCCCAUCUGCACCCACCCAUGCACCCGUUGAUAUCGCCCCGUUUCACCCACAUGUGUCUGACAUUCACCGUACUGAUCUACCGGUCACGUUCUUACAGGAUAUCCCUCCACCCCGUCUAGGGGAAGGUCCAUCGAGUCAGCAACCUAGUCAUAUACCUUCUGUGUCAGCAGCCGAUCCUUUCAUGCCACAGUUUACACACACUGCUCCUUUUGCUUCUGCACCCACGGGCGAGCCACUUAUUUGGUUUCCGCCCAACACGAUGCCUGUGUCUGACCCAUAUCAUCCUUCACAUUACACUGGUUACACCAGGGAUGAUAUGCUUUUGUCGUUACAGCUCCAGCAGGAGUUGUUGUGCCGUAGAGUCAUGGAGUUAGAGAGGAUUCCGCGUCCUCCACCUUGCACUUGUCAGUCACCAUUCGCGACUCCACCGGCUCCUCUUCUGCCAUACCCAGAUCUUGACGUUCUUUUUCUUACUAUGGAGCAGUAG